CUCAAAAUCUGAACCGUUGACUGCGCUAUGCUGAUGUCAUGUCUUCUACCACCUUCCGCGCUUCCUCAACCGCCAACCACCACCUUCUAUUCUCUCUGUUUUCUGCACCAUGUCGAAAGCCCUCAAUCUUCUGAAGCGCAAUGCUUCCAACCCCAAACUCUGGCUUCUCCUCGGCCUUGGCCUCACCACCGCCGUCCUUCUUGUCACCGAGACUCGCCGUAGACGGCGGAGGCGGAGGAUUCCCAGCUCCCCCGAUAAGGAGUUGUACGGUUCCUUUAUGCAGCGUUUUGAGCUUCUUCCUUUCCCUGGCGCGCGCAACCAAAUGCUAUGUGGCCUAACCUUUGCAGUGAAGGACAUAUUUCAUGUGAAGGGGAACGUGACGGGGUUUGGGAACCCUGAUUGGAAGAAGACGCACCCUCAAGCUGAGAUUACCGCCCUUGUUGUCACCGCUCUGCUCAGCAACGGUGCCACUUGUGUUGGCAACACUCUUAUGGACGAAUUCUCUUUCGGGAUUUCCGGUCAGAACCACCAUUAUGGAACCCCCAUCAAUCCUCGCACGCCGUCUUGCAUUCCCGGAGGUUCUUCCAGUGGCUCUGCCGUGGCCGUUGCUGCCGGCCUAGUUGACUUUGCUAUUGGUACUGAUACUACAGGAUGUGUCAGAAUUCCAGCAGCAUUUUGUGGCAUUCUUGGGUUUCGACCAUCUCAUGGAGCUGUAACAACCAUUGGAGUUCUUCCAAAUGCACAAAGUCUAGAUACUAUUGGAUGGUUUGCUCGCGAUCCAUCUGUCCUAUCUCUUGUUGGACGUGUUUUACUUCAAUCCAAUUCAGUAGAGACCAAAAGGAUAAGGCAGAUUUCGUUUGCUGAUGAUCUUUUUCAGUUAUCUAAAGUUCAUAAUCUGAAGACAGUAUCUGUUAUCGGCAAAGCUAUUGAGACUUUGACGGGUUAUCCGUCUCCAAGACAUAUGAAUAUUUGCCAGUAUAUUGCUUCUAAAGUGCCCAAUCUAAAGGGUUUCUGUGAGCAAUUAGCUCAUCAACCAGAUGGAACAUCAAUUUUGAAAGCUCUCUCUACAGUAAUGUUAUCAUUACAAGGAUAUGAAUUCAAAACCAAUCAUGAAGAAUGGAUUAAACAUGCAAAACCCAGGUUAGGGUGUUAUGCAUCUGAUCGUGUUACUGCGGCCAUCAAAACUACAAAUGAUAAUAUAAAAGCCUUGUACAGAGUAAGGACAGAGAUGCGAGCUGCUUUUCAGUGUCUUCUAAAGGAUGAUGGAAUACUAGUUAUUCCCACUGUUGCAGACAACCCUUUAAAGCUUAAUACGGAGAAAGAGAUUUCUUCUGAGUUCCAUGAAAGAGCUUUUGCAUUAUCCAGCAUUGCUAGCAUCUCUGGUUGUUGUCAGGUUGCAAUUCCAUUAGGACAUCAUAAUGAUUGUUGUGUCUCCGUGUCAUUCAUGUCAUCACAUGGAGCUGAUAAAUUUCUACUUGAUACUGUCUGUGACAUGUAUAGAACUCUUCAAGAGCAAGUUAGUGUCGCUUACUCUCCUUUGCCACCACCUGAUACUAAUGGUAAUUUUGAAAUUUAUGACCUUUUGGAGAACGUUUAGUUCUUUCUUAAAUUUUUGGGGUCAGAAUCUCAUGCAACAUUUCUUUUGUAAAUAUCAUCACUAUCAUUAUUACUUAAUAAAAUCCACAAGGCUUGAUUAGAACAGAA